GGUAGAGGAUUUUUCACGAGAAUGUUAAGGGCUCAUUUGUGUCUGGUUCUGCGGUGGCUGCAGAGUAGUUUGUCCAUUUAGCUUGCUGACUUUUAUUUUUGAAGUAACGUCACUUGUCUGUUCUCUGUGCUUGCCUGGAUCUAGUUUGUCUGUGUUCUUAUUUAAGAUAGAUAGACUUAAUUGCAGUGCUAAUGUAAACCCAUAUUUUCAGGCUUUGACAUUUCCUUAUUCAGUGCAGUGCAGUGUUGUAUUUGGGUAGCUAGCUAGAAUUAGCCAGCAACUUGCUGGCUUGGAGGGGUGAAAUGGCAACGGUUACUGUUCCAGCAAAUACCAGUGUGUUUCUGCUGGAUAUUGAAGGCACUACCACACCAAUCACCUUUGUAAAGGAUAUACUGUUUCCCUACAUCAAGGAGCAUCUUGAGGAUUAUUUGUCAGAUCACUGGGAAGAGGAUGAAUGCAAGCAGGACGUGCAUCUUCUAAAGAAACAGACAGAGGAAGAUCACAGACUGAACCGAGCAGGCCCAGUGCAUGCUGUGGACCAGACAGUGCACACUGACGAGGAGAAGGCCAUCCGAGAGGUAGUGGAUAAUGUCCUGUGGCAGAUGGCCGCUGACAGGAAGACCACCGCACUCAAACAGCUGCAGGGGCACAUGUGGAGGGUUGCGUACAACACUGGGAAAAUCAAAGGCGAAGUGUACCAGGAUGUAGUACCGGCCAUCAGAGGGUGGCGAAGGCAGGGGAUGAAAGUCUACAUCUACUCCUCAGGGAGUGUGGAGGCACAGAAGCUGCUGUUUGGAUACUCUGUGGAAGGAGAUCUUUUAGACCACUUCGAUGGGCAUUUCGACACAAACAUUGGGGCUAAAGUGGAAAGCAAAAGCUAUGAGAGGAUCGCAGAACGGAUAGGCUGCGCGCCUGAAGAGAUCAUGUUCCUGACGGACGUCACAAGAGAGGCAAAGGCUGCCGAGGAGGCGGGCUUGAACGUGGCGGUGGUGCUGAGGCCAGGCAACCUGGAGCUGACGGAUGAGGAGCAGGCCCACUACAGCACCAUCACCUCCUUCAGCCAGCUGGAGCUCAGCAGCAGACCUUAACAUAGACGCCACAGACACCUGCACGACUCCUCCUCCUCUAGCUUUCCCUUUCCUCAGUCUCUCUUGCCAACAUUUCCUUUGGAUGUCUUUUCGUAUUUUUCUUUCCUUCUUUUUUUUUUAUUAAGUCUUUAUUUAUGUGGAAAGGUAAAGUGCUGGUCUCAGAUAAUGUUUAGUGAAAGGAUGACAAAAAGAAACUGUGUUUGAGAGAAAGCGGUGUGGUUAGUACAGUGCUACCACAGAACCUGCCAUAAAGAUGUGUGAGGCGAUCUGAAUGUUCCAGUUCUUUGGUUCCACUUAUGAAUAAAAGUUUUUGAAGAAUGAUGGUGGCAAGUGCCAAACAGGUCAUAGUGAAAUGUCCUGGUUUCAACCAGGAUUUCUGUCAGUCCUAGAAAACAGUAGUAUAAAAUCAGUGUUAUGUGUGUGUGUGUGUGUGUGUGUGUGUGUAUUAUGAGAGCAGGGAUCCCUCAAAUUCAUUCCCUCAUUCGACUUCAUAAUAGUCAUCCUCCUCAUUGGUGCAACAUAUUCUAAAUCCAUGUUCAUAGUAAAUUGAGUGGAUGCUCUGUCUAAGUGACAUACCACAUGAGUGAAUGUUUUUGUAUGUGUCUUGUGUGUGGGGGUGGGAGCAUACUGUUUGCAUGACGUUACUUUGAUUUGUAGAAGAGUGUCCAGCAAACUAUUUGUAGCACUGAAAUUAUGCAGACAUAAUGGCUCUCUAUCAUGUUCACAAGCCCCCUGAAUGAGGACACAAUAAUCUGAAACAGGAGUCACUGUGAUAUAACUGAUUUGCGGCAACAUUUUAAUAAUCUGAAAUAUUACAAAGGUUGUCAUUACAUUUUUUUUUAAGUAUCAAGAACUUGUAGCUACAGUAUUAUGUUUGAUUGGAGUACUGUAUUGUGAUGACCUGAAAUGAAAUCCCUUCUUUGUUCUUUUGAUGGAAGAUCAAGAAUGUGAGUUUGUUAAAAGUCUAAGAUGGUAUGCAUUUGUGUUCUUCUCAGUGGCACUUGAGACACCUGUGAGAUUUUGCGAAUAGGAAGUAAACACAUGGAAAACAUCCUA